AUGUUCGUGUCUCAACGGAAGUAUGCCGAGGAAAUCAUUGAUCGCGCUGGUUUGUCUUCUUGCAAGCCCUCUCUCACUCCGGUUGACACAAAACUGAAGGUUAGUGCUACUUCGGGUGCUCCUUAUGAGGAUCCCACUCAUUAUCGUAGUCUCGCAGGUGCUCUUCAGUAUCUCACUUUCACGAGACCAGAUAUUUCUUAUGAUGCACAACAGGUGUGCUUACAUAUGCCUGAUCCGAGGGACGAUCAUAUGCAUGCUCUUAAGCGAAUUGUGCGCUACAUUCAGGGCACUCUUGACCAUGGAUUGCAUCUCUACCCCUCCUCAGUCACCGACCUUGUCUCAUACACAGAUGCAGAUUGGGGUGGAUGUUCGGAUACUCGUCGUUCUACGUCGGGGUAUUGUGUAUUUUUGGGAGACAACUUGAUUUCUUGGUCGUCAAAGCAACAACCUACUCUUUCUCGGUCUAGCGCUGAAGCAGAAUAUAGAGGUGUUGCUAGUGUUUUUUCUGAGUCUUGCUGGAUUCGCAAUCUUUUAUUGGAACUACAUUGUCCGGUUCGCAAGGCUACAUUGGUAUAUUGUGACAAUGUGAGUGCCAUAUAUCUUUCAGGAAAUCCGGUGCAACAUCAACGCACCAAACAUAUUGAGAUGGACAUUCAUUUUGUGCGUGAGAAGGUUGCGCGGGGAUAG